UGGACAAGCCGGGAAGACGACGAGAAACGCGAGCUUUUUUGUCACUCCCGACGCCUUAUCGUGAACCAACAUACCACGGGAGUGUUUUGCCACUGAAGAAAAGCAACCAACGACAGGAAAAACGUCGCCUUUUCUCCAUUUAGAUGCAUGCAUAGCGUGUGGACUUGUGUGCGUCAAAAGAUGGACCGCUACGAGGACUUCUGUCUGCAAAGCAUGUCCAUGCUGCAGGAGGAGGGGGAAUUCAAGAAGACAUGUGAGCCGCUCACCAGGACGUACUCUGUCAUCCUCUUCCAUGGGAAAGCUGUUUUGUCACCUCUGGUAAGGUUAAAAAAAAACUUUACAUUGAGUAAACAACCUCAAAGUGCUACAGUGUAUUAAACAAAUAAAAAUAAAAAGAGAAUAAAAAAGAAAUAAAAACAAAAACUAGAACAGCCAAAUAGCUAGAACUAGUAUACAUAUAUCUAAAAAAAAAAGGGUUUUAAGCCUUUUUUAAAAGCAUCCACAGUCUGUGGUGCCCUCAGGUGGUCAGGGAGAGCGUUCCACAGACUGGGAGCGGCGGAGCAGAAAGCCCUGUCUCCCAUUGUUCGUAGCUUUGUCCUCGGAGGUUGGAGGAGGUUAGCCUGUCCGGAGCGGAGGUGUCGAGUGGAGGAUUUGGGGGUGAGUUAUUUGAGGUAGAGGGGGGCAUUUCCAUGGAGGCACUGGUGGGUUAGUAGGGAGACUUUGUAUUCAAUCCUGAGUGGAACAGGAAGCCAGUGAAGGGAUUUGAGAAUUGGUGUGAUAUGGUCAUAUUUCCGCACUCUCAUCAGGAUCCUAGCAGCACUAUUCUGUAUGUAUUGCCCCAGGACCUACUCUGUCAUCCUCUUCCAUGGGAAAGCUGUUUUGUCACCUCUGGUAAGAUGAAAAAAAAAAAAAAAUAAUAAUAGAUUUUAUUUGUAAAAAGCACUUUACAUUGAGUAAACAACCUCAAAGUGCUACAGUGUAUUAAACAAAUAAAAAUAAAAAGAUAAUAUACAGAAAUAAAAAUAAAAACUAGAACAGCCAAAUAGCUAGAACUAGUAUACAUAUAUCUAAAAAAAAGGGGUUUUAAGCCUUUUUUAAAAACAUCCACAGUCUGUGGUGCCCUCAGGUGGUCAGGGAGAGCGAUCCACAGAUUGGGAGCAGCGGAGCAGAAAGCCCGGUCUCCAAUUGUUCGUAGCUUUGUCCUUGGAGUUUGGAGGAGGUUAGCCUGUCCGGAGCGGAGGUGUCGAGUGGAGGAUUUGGGGGUGAGUUAUUUGAGGUAGAGGGGGGCAUUUCCAUGGAGGCACUGGUGGGUUAGUAGGGAGAAUUUGUAUUCAAUCCUGAGUGGAACAGGAAGCCAGUGAAGGGAUUUGAGAAUUGGUGUGAUAUGGUCAUAUUUCCGCACUCUCAUCAGGAUCCUAGCAGCACUAUUCUGUAUGUAUUGCAGCUUCUGGAUGUUCUUGCUGGGGAUCCCGACAAGAAGUGCGUUGCAGUAGUCUAGUCUGGAGGAGACAAAGGCGUGGACGAGCCUCUCGGCAUCACAGAGAUUGAAUGAUGAGCAGCGUCACGAGAUGUGCAACUAUAGAAGGAUGGCUGUCCAGCUGGAAGCAGACCAGAGGAACCCGCAGAGGAACAAGCUUCCUGUCCAAGUUCAAGACAUACUGACAAGUUGUAAUGUGCAAUCAGUAGAGCCAGCGUCAAAAGAAACACAGGAUGGCAACAAACCAGCUUGCAAGGUCCAACAUGUACGGAACGAUGAGGUUCAAAAGUCAUCAGUUUCCAAAUCAGCAGCAGUGAGCGAUUACACCCUGAUCACCGACUCACCUGGCCUUCCCAAAGACCCUGGGAUUGGGACUGGUCUUCAGCCAAUCAGUCCAGUUGUUCCCAUUGGUCUAAUUGCCAAUAAUAAUGUGAAGGUGGAUACAGAAGACAAGAGUGAUGAGGAAGAUAUGAGUAUGGACAGUCUUCUCAAGCAAACAAAAGACGAGCAUGUGAGGAAGGACCAGAGUAGAGACGGGUCAAAAGGUCUCCUACCAACAUCUGACGCCAUCACAGAGAUAAAAAGUCCAAAGAGUGGUGUUGAGUUUGGCUUUAGUUUGCACCACAGUCCUCUUGGCCCUCCACAGACCUUCAUCCAUCAAACUGUGUAUGAUCUUCCACAGUCUGCAUCACCUUGCAUUCCAGAUCGAUGUAUAAGACGACCCAGUCCAGAGUCCAGCUGCAGACGUAAACCACGCCCAUUCUCUACUGGGAAUAUACACAUUUCAUUCCUAGGUAUGCCAGGGGAAGGAUCUGAACUGUCAGGUUGGGAAGAAGCUCCCUCCCCAGAUCACUGGAGUUCAGUCGGGGGUGAAAGUUUUCCUAAUAGGAAGGGGAGUCGGCAAUCCACUCUCUGUACUAAUAGUCCAGUUUGGGAAACCCACAGCUCCAUGAGCCCGUCGGGUCCCAACUUGUUUGGGCAACCGGAACAUCUGUCGUCAACAUUUCGCCGGCGCUCUCACACCAUGGACAGUCAGCUGGGAACCAAGCAACCUGAUUACAUUGACCGCAGUCAAGAAAGGACACCUCGAUUUAUGGCAGGAGUCGUCACUGUCUGCCCUACAAGUCGACGGAACUCGGCUGCCCCCUUAAACAAGUCAUACAAGAUAGAGAGUCCAACGUCCUAUCUGCGGCGGGUUCAUGUUACUCCCGAGUUAGCUCAGGGUAAACACUGGACGCACCCUAGUGAUCCUCGGGGGCCACGAGAUGUUGUAACCUCACCAACGUUCCUCAGGCAUGCAGCUAAUGCUAACAACACAGAGGAGACCCAAAGGCGAGCAGAAGUUCUGGAGGACAUACAAAAGCGGCUGGAAGAAGAACAUGCCUUGCAGAUGUCCGUGCUCCUGGCUGAGCAGGAAAAAGAGCAGCAGCGUCUUCGUCUGGAUCUCGAAGAAGCUGAAAGAAGACUUAGAGAGCAGGAGUCUGUGCAUCCCCAGAACUCUGCUACUUGGAACGGACUUCUACCUGGGAUAAGUCCAACUAAUGCCUCAGCUGAAAGAUCACCGGGACACAGUAUAGGUUUUCCUAGUCCCAUCAGUUCUGAUUUUACCCCUCCCUCUCUCCAGUCCCCUGUUUAUAUUCAAGGGCCGAUUUGGACGGCUAGCAAACUUCACGCAAGGGAAAGUCAGGUUCUGACAACAGAACAACAGAGAGCAUUGUGUCGAAUUGGCGCCAUUGCCCGUGGCUUCCUCAUACGACGAUUGCUGAAAACGCACAAGAUCAAAUAUCUGCGUCAGACCAUCAUGGAUACAAAGGCGUUCAUUAGUUCCUUUCAGACUGAAGGUCCACCGAAAAAAGUCUCGGAACAAGAUCUUUGUUUACAAGAAAGAGUUCGAGCGCAGUUACGUGCAGCCCUUUAUGACAUCAAUGAAAUCUUCUUUGAAAUGCCUCUGAAGGAUCGAUUAGCGCUGCUGCAGCAGGACAGAGAGCUCUGUGUUGAAAAGAAGCUACGAGACAUGGACAAAGCUAAGAGUCAUAAGGAAAAGGUGAUUCUGUCUGCUGCCACGCAAAGGUCUCUGGACCGGAAAAAGAGGGAGGGGGAAUCACCAGGACAGGCUAGAAAGGUGAUGCAGAAGCCAAAAAGUCCAACCCCUAACAGAGUUCAGAAGUCGAGCCAAGUCCAGAAAUCUGUUCCAAGUCAGCUGAACCGCCAGGGGAGCUGGUAUAAGAAGACUCCAGAAACAAGAGUAAAGCGCAUGGACAAUGUGAAGAACCUGAAGAAGCAGCACUCUCUGGGUUAACAGGUGGAAAUACAAUCCUAUUAGAACACCUUCGACCACUAUUAGUCUACAUCAGACUGCGCUAGUCAUCUAUAAUAACUUUAAUAUUAGGCAGUAGAACCACAUGAUUUCUUCCAGCAAAUUAGUGACAAAAGGUAAUUAUGAUAGUGACAUUGUUUGACUCAAUCAAAUAUGACAAAAUAUAUGUCAUACACAUCAUGAAAAGUAAAAAAAACAACAACAACAAAGUAGCACAUUAAACAAACAACAGUGCAGAUGAUUCAGGAUGUUAUCAGUGAACAAAUUAGUUUUUAUUGUACAAAUUUGUUGAGCAAUUAUAAAAAAAUGUUCCUAAAGACCUUAUUAUCUGUAGUAGUCCAAAGUGCAUUUAUUGACAAUUACAGUGCAUUAACAUUAAGUGCGGUAAGUAUAAUAAUGUUUAAAAACAGGUUGUUUACAUUUUAUAUGGGGUUUUAAUGGCUUUGACUGCCGCUGUGUCUUUUUUUUUUUUUU